AUACAAAAAAAAGAAUAAGGAUCAAAAACAACCCGACAACGAGGGGAAACCAACCCGGGGAUACGAAGGAAAACAACCAGAAAAACACAAAGGAAAAUAACCAGAAAAUCCCAGAAGGAAAAAACAGCAACAACUACCCACCUAAAAAAUAAUGAGCAACGAUUACACUCAGCCGCUCCUGCGGGAGGAUCAACGCGCGCUCGCGCACGCCGCGCACGAUCGGAUCCACCGCUUUCUGCACGUGGGCGGCAGUAGCAGUAGUAAUAAUGACAACGAUGGAGGAGGAGAGGAAGAUGCGACAAUAUAUUCAAAAUUACACCGUGGGCGAAGACAUCUUCAACGGUUCCUUACGUCCAAGACGGGACACUACUCUGUCCUGCUGCUCGUCGUGCUGGACGUGUCGUGUAUCAUGGCGGAUUUUGUCAUCAACCUGUUCAUGUGCGAGCGAAAGCAUCCGGGGCAUGGGUGGGCAAUUGCGCUCGAGGCACUGGGCAUUACGAGUUUAGUGUUCUCGUGCCUUUUCAUGCUGGAAUUGAUGGCUUCGGUAUGCGCGUUUGGGUUUGGGUAUUUCAAUUCAUGGUUUCAUUGCUUCGAUGCUACAGUUAUUGUGGCUGGCUUUGUCAUUGAUGUGCUCUUGCGGGGUGUGGUUGAAGAGGUUGCUUCUCUCGUCAUUGUACUGCGACUCUGGCGUGUCUUCAAAAUCAUGGAAGAGCUCAGCGUGGGCGCCCAAGAGCAAAUGGAAGAACUCGUGGAGAGACUGGAAAAGCUGGAGCAAGAGAACCGUGAGUUGAGAAAGGAGAUCAACGCCAUGAAGAGCGAUGCCGCACGCGGUUCGAAUGACCGUGGAUGAGGUUGAAAUUCGUCCAUGAUUGUAUAAAUGCUAGUGAGCGCUCGGCCACGGUCAUCUUAUCACAAAUCUUUAGUUCGUUGGUGCUUCCAAAAUCACCUGUAUGUUAAAGCAGCAUCUAAGCGCCAGCUGUAUAUGCCCUCAUCUGUUCAAGCUCAAUAGGGCCUCAAUAUAUUUCCGCGUAUCAAUGCCUAUGCCCUCGGCAAGUUUACCUGGGCCCCAACCUCCUCUGCCCGCCGCUAUGCCGCUAUCGCGUGCAAAUCGGCCGCUUGAUCUGCUCGCAGGUGCAACAUAGUCGCUAGCUUUCCGGACUAGGUAGGCUUCUCGGUAAUCGCUCAUGGGGGAAUUGUUCUUCAUAUCAAACGGCACAGUUCUGGGGUGCGGCAGUCG